GAAACCCUCCAACCCAUCUAGCUUUCCAGGCCUUGUAUGAUUCCUGACGACAAACCUGCCCAGGUCUCCUGAAAUCCCAAUUUGGAUCACAAACAGCAUCGGAAGAGACGAAUUGGAAGGAAAACAUUCUUAAGAAGGACGAACGAACAAGGAACGGUUGCGAGAGACUGGCGCAACCCGACACUUCCAACCAUAGCCAGUCCAGUCAUGGAUCCUCACGGCCUGGACCCUCGGGACCACCAACUAAGUCACAAGGCGUCGCAAGAGACCUUUAUCUCGCUUGUACAACUCGACCCAGAGCCGAUACAAGACCUUUACCAAGAUGACGGUCCCGACUUUGACCCAACAAGAGAUGCCUCGCCCUCGGAAGACGCCGCCGAAGGCGGCUCCCUAGCAAACUCGAUACAUUCUCUCAAGUCAUCCGGAUCAGGAGGGGCAGCCGGAGGUGUAGGUCUAAACAAUAUGACACCACUUGGCUUAAGCGGUAGCGGUCAUGGAGCGAUAUAUUACUUAACCCGCAUCCAACGCUACUCUUCUUACACCUUCUCCCUCUUCGCCUCCCUACACCUCGCCACAACCUCCGUCAUCCCUCUCCUCGCGCGCUCCGUCCCGGCCUCCGAAUCCUACCUCCUUCUCGCACGCGAGAUUUACCAAACGCCCCUCUCCGAGCCCUUACUCGUCGCUCUUCCCAUCGUCGCGCACGUUGGCGCCGGUCUGCUGGCUCGCCUACUCCGCCGCCGCGAGAAUCUCCGACGCUACUACGGCGCCGGCGACGAAAAGACACAUAUGGGCCUGGGGAUCACCAAACCGACCGCGCGCUUCUUGCGCAGCGGCUGGCCGCGCCUCAGCUGGAUUGCGCUCAGCGGGUAUGGAUUUACGGCAGUGGUGGCCGCGCACGCCUUCAUGAACCGCGGUCUGCCGCUUGUGGUAGAGGGAGACUCGGCCAACAUUGGUCUUGCGUACGUUGCUCACGGGUUUGUGCGACAUGCGUGGACGUCGUGGGCGGCUUACGCCGCGCUCCUGGGGAUCGGGUGCGGACACAUGGUGUGGGGAUGGGCAAAGUGGUUUGGUGUGUCGCAGGGCGCUGGCUGGGUGUUGGAGAGACACACGGGCGUGCCGGAGGUGGAUAGGAAGGCAAGGCGGAAGCGGAGGAGGAGGCUGAUUUGGAUCAAUGCCGUGGCAGCCGCGGCGACGGCGGUGUGGGCGGCUGGUGGACUGGGAGUGGUUGCGAGGGGAGGGGAGACGCUUGGGUGGGUGGGAAAGGUUUAUGAUGGGUUGUAUGACAAGGUGCCGUUGUUUUAGAACAAGCGGCUUGGGAUGACAUACGGGAUGUGGAAUGGGAUGGGAUGGGAUGGGAUGGGAUGGGAUGAACUGAAGGGGAUGACAAGGCAUUCAAUUGAGGUUUUCGAAAGAUGAGAUGGAAUGGACAUGGUGCAGCGCAAUGCACGCGCGCCCGAGACACAUGGCCGACACGGCGGUGCAUUCAAAACCCGUUUUGGCGUUUAAGAUUACAUAUUAGGUUUUAUGAUUUUGUAAAUAGCAUGCAUGGUUGACGCUUAGAUGAUACGUACCAAGACAUGAACAUGAUGGCAUCGGCUCUGCGUGAGGUACUCUACAUGCUGCUGCUUGUCGGUAUGCUACAUAUAGAAUUGCAUUCAGUUCUCUUG